GGCGAUCGCUGGUCUGCUGUGUCCCUCGGACAGAUCACGUAAAGAGUCGAAGAUGUCAGCUCGGUCAUGUGAUCAGCUGUGUCAAAUCACAGCUGAUCACAUGGAACAUGUACACUGAUCAUUAGGGCACUAAUGAUCAGUGUGCCCUGAUGAUCAGUGUGGGCCCCAGAAGUGCCACCUAUCAGUGCUCAUCAGUGCUAGUGCCCAUCAGUGUCACAUGCCAGUGCCCAUCAGUGCCACAUCAAUGCCACAUAUCAGUACAUACCAGUGCACAUCAAUGCCACAUAUCAGUGCCCAUCUGAGCUGCCUUUCAAUUUCACCCAUCAGUGCUGCCAGUCAGUGCCACCUAUCAGUGCUGCCAAUCAGUGCCACCUAUCAGUGCCAGUCAGUG